AUGGUGAAUGAGGUUUCUGCAUCGUUAUCGCCCGACCGAUCGGAGUCCGAUCCGACGACUCACGCCGUGCCCUUUGAAAAUACCGACGUUCCUUUUGCGACCCGGUCGGUCUCGCUGCCCACAGCCGAUGCGCCAAUAGCCUCCAAUGGCCGAUCUUCAAGCACAAGCGCUGCAUCAGCCAGUCCGAGUGAUGACCAUGCAUCCGCGCUUACAUUCCCACGGCUCGCGCCAUCCAUGUCCGUUGGAGAUGAAACCCGCACGGUUCGAUCGGAGGGCCCGCCCUCCUUGCGCAGCGUGCCCAGCAUUGUCGUGAAUGAGCCAGGUUCCCGUCCCAGCUCACGACCGGGCUCAAGGCCGGGCUCUCGAUGGUCAGAAAGAAAGUGGGGUGGGUUGAAGAAACGGUCCCUCGAUAUCGAGAGGAAAUUCAGCUCGGAAGACCCUCCGCCAGUGCCUCAAAUUGAGCGCCCCUUUACUGGUAUCCCCUUAGAUAUACCGACAGCCUCUUUGGAUGGUCUAGAUAAGCCGAUGAAGUUCUCCAAUCGCGGAAGUCUGAUAAAGAGUCAGGCGCAACGUCCUCACCCGAAACCACCUCAGGAGAAGCUAGACGAGCACCCCGAGCACCCCGAGCGCCAACCAGACCCGCCCCAGCAAAGUCUAGAACAGAAUGAAGCUUGUCAAGAGCUAGCCCACCCAGUUCAGGAAAUAUCGAAAGAGCAUUGUGAUCAACAUUUGGACCGACAGACAUCUGAAAUUGCCCCGCCCCCUGCCAUAAUCAUGACCCGGCCCGAAGGAGAAAAUGGAACACCGAAAGCGAUUCCACGGCACGUGAAACCUCAGGGCAGGCUUCGCCCGAGACAGACUAGUCUUCCGAGCCGAGCAAUAUCGGCAGACGAAGACAUGCUGUCGCGGAGAGUCCGGCUGAUGUACGAGAAGGGCGAAGACAAUGUUACCGACUCCGAGGUUGCGAAAGCAAUGGCCUCAGAAAACGGGGUCUUAUGGGAGGAGGGUGUAGUCCCGGACGCUGAAACCUCUGAGACACUCGCUCAGACGAAUGAGACUGGAAAUGAAACAAAGCCAAGGGCGUCUGCCGAAGUGGAGCCUGGUGGUGCUGAAUACUGGCAAAAUGUCGGUGCAGAAGAAGUCGAUCGCUACGGCUUCAUUCGACCUGCAAAGAACUCCAAUGGUUCCGAUAUUAACCCGCUUCAACGAGUCACGACCAGCCUUCUGCUGGCCUCCGAGGCACCUCGGCGGAAACGUUCAAUUCGCCCACCAACCGCCCCAGCCAGCAACCGUUCCUUCAAUGGGCCGUCUCUAGUCCGCAAAAUAUCCCGAAGUUCCCUGAACGCGCGUCCAUCUUCAUCACAAAGCAACUAUGGUCCUCCACUGCGCCGCUCGACAUCUCGUCUGCGUGCGGCGACCAAUCAUCUGCCUCACAACCGCGAUCGAAAAGCCAAAGAUGAGGCGGCCGACAUGCUCACUCUGCCCACUCAAUCUGGUGGUGAGACAGAAGAUGCACCAGUUACUCGCGCAAUGCGAAGGAAGGAGUGGCAACGUGAAGACAAGUGGACCAAGAUGGCUAAGCCGACCAAGAAGGCCAAGGACGGCGGCGGCAUGACCUUUGAGUUCGAUACUCAGAGCUCAAAGUUGAUUGAGCGAACUUGGAAAGGCAUUCCAGAUCGGUGGCGGUCAACGGCCUGGUACUCAUUUCUUGAAGCCACCUUCAAUGAGCUCCAGUUCAUCUCGUCGCCGGACGACGUCCAGAUUGAUAUCGAUGUUCCGCGGACUAUCUCCAGCCAUAUCAUGUUUCGGAGGCGCUAUCGGGGUGGCCAAAGACUAUUGUUCCGUGUACUUCACGCCAUGUCACUCUAUUUUCCUGAUACGGGCUACGUACAGGGAAUGGCAACUCUCGCGGCUACAUUACUGGCGUAUUACGAUGAGGAACACGCUUUUAUUAUGCUCGUCAGAUUGUGGCAGCUGCGAGGCCUGGAAGAGCUGUACAAGUCCGGCUUUGCUGGUUUAAUGGAGGCCUUGGCCGACUUUGAACGGGAAUGGCUCGCCGGAGGUGAAGUGGCCACGAAACUGAACGAGGUCGGAAUCCCACCCACAGCCUACGGCACUCGCUGGUACCUCACUCUCUUUAAUUACUCGAUCCCCUUCCCGGCUCAGCUUCGGGUGUGGGACGUCUUCAUGCUCCUUGGAGAUGCCGAAGACCACACUGCUCGUCCCGCAACCUCUGGAGGGAAGAACAAGUCCCCCCCUCCUGAGAACCCAAGGACAUUUGGCCAAGGUCUUGACGUCUUGCAUGCUUCAUCUGCUGCCCUUAUUGAUGGCAUGCGUGAAAUCAUUCUCGAAUCCGACUUUGAGAAUAUCAUGAAAGUCCUCACCAGCUGGGUUCCUAUCAAAGACACCGAAAUGUUCAUGCGUGUCGCUAAAGCGGAAUGGAAAGUCCAUCGCCGCAGGAAAACUCCUUAA